UCAUGCUGCUACACUUCAUGCUACACUUCAUGCUACACUUCAUGCUACACUUCAUGCUACACUUCAUGCUACACUUCAUGCUACACUUCAUGCUACACUUCAUGCUACACUUCAUGCUACACUUCAUGCUACACUUCAUGCUACACUUCAUGCUACACUUCAUGCUACACUUCAUGCUACACUUCAUCAUGGCUUUGCUCAUCUUGCUGAGUGUUUGUGUGCUGAGGACCCACGCCGGAAGCAACCUGCCCCGCCAGAAGAGAGAAUGGGCAACUCCUCCCAGGCCACUGACUGAAAAUCACGACUACACCGGCGAGGAGGCCAUCGCCAAGAUUCGAUCCGAUGCUGAAUAUCAUGGAAGAAUUACCUACAGUCUGGAGGGUGUCGGCACCAACAUGUACCCUUUUGAUGUCUUCGUGGUCAACCGCACCACUGGAGCCAUACGAGUCACCAAAGUGCUGGACAGGGAGGACAUAGACAUGUACAACCUGUUGGGCAUCGCAAAGUAUGAUAACAACAGCCUUGCACAUGGAAAGAUCAAAAUCCAAAUCAAGGUGGUGGAUGAAAACGACAACGCUCCGGUGUUUGGCGCCAUGAAGCCGGUGGGCGUGUAUGAACUGAGCGUGCCAGGGACGCCCGUCACGACUGUCACCGCAACAGAUGCUGACGAGCCGGGAAACAAGAACACUCAGCUGGUCUACUCCAUCGUGAAGCAGGAACCCCCUCAUGGCAUGUUCGCCAUGAACCGCCAGGGAAACAUUGUGGUCAAGGAGCCUUCUCUGGACAGAGAGAGAGAAGAUCAGUACUUCUUGACGGUGAAAGCUCAGGAUCUCAAUGGCAGUCCUGAGGGACUCACUGGGACCAGUACUUUGACCAUAAAUGUACUGGAUGUCAAUGACAACCCUCCAACUACAGAAAAAGAAAAGUAUGAGGGCAACGUUGAGGAGAACACGCACGGCGUGGAGGUGAUGAGAAUCAAAGCACAAGACUUGGACCUGAAGGGCACAGAAAAUUGGGAAGCCGUCUUUGAUAUCGACAAAGGCAACGAGGCCAACUACUUCAGCAUCAAGACGGAUCCAAAUACCAACGAGGGCAUCCUCAUGCUUGAUCAGCCUGUGGAUUAUGAAAAAGUGAAGACCCUGGACCUUGGACUUACAGUGAGGAACAAGGCUACAGUCCAUGGCAAAGUUACGGAAAGCACAUCAUACAAAAGGUAUCCCGUCAAAAUCAACGUAAAGAAUCAGCGUGAAGGACCACGUUUUGAUCCCCAAGUCAAAGGCAUCUCCAUGUCUGAGGAAGACUCCAACAACAUUAAAAAGGUCAUUGCCAGCUACCCAGCGAUAGACCAGGACACUGGAAAACCCGCUGAGAAAGUCACGUACAUUAAAAGUUCUGACCCUGACAACUGGCUCACCAUCGACCCAGACACUGCUGAUAUUAAAUUGAACAAGAUGCCCGACAGAGAGUCUCCUUUCCUAGUGAAUGGCACAUACUUUGUCGAAGUACUCUGCAUUUCGAAAGACAUGCCCUUAAGCACCGCAACUGGCACUGUGGGCAUCCAGGUGGAAGAUUUCAACGACCACUUUCCCACCCUGACCAAUACCAUCGAGACUCUGUGCAUUCCAAAAAAUAACUUUUUUGUCACCGCUGUCGACGAGGACGACUUCCCAAACGGAGCUCCUUUUACCUUUGAAAUCAUCCCAGAGGGCACGAAAGGAAAAUGGCAGGUGGAACAUCUAAAUGAUACUUCGGCCUUCUUGAGGACGCAGGAGCCCCUGUGGCCUGGUUUACAUGAGGUGGUAUUGCUGGUGAAGGACAUGCAGGGGGAGGCGAGUCCGCACCCGCAGAAGGUAACGGUCCAGGUGUGUACCUGCGAGGACGGAGUGAUUUGUGGGAGACGAGGAGCCCACGGUCAGCCUGCAAAAAGAGCGGAGCUUGGACCCGCAGCCAUCGGACUGCUUCUCCUGGGCCCGCUGCUUUUUCUACUCAUUCCACUGCUACUGCUCAAAUGCCAAUGCGGGGAUGGUGUUGGAAGACCACGGUUCAUACAAGACCAAUCGACUGUUUGCAAUUCCCACCUGAUCAGCUACUGCACCGAGGGCAAGGGGGACAACACGAAAGUUCCGCUGACCUACGUGCCGGCAAAGUUGUUCUCGGGACGUUGGUCCGAAGACGUCGUCGAUCCCAUGAAUCGGGCCGUUUUUGAGGGAAGGAAUGACAAACAGUUGUGGGCCAUGACUCAGGAAAAUAAGAUCAACUUCGGCUCCAGGUUUGAGGGCGGAGAAGUCGGAGCAGAAAGAGCCGCAGAAACCUUCGACUGCAUCGCUCUGCCAGAUCACAUCCUCGCCCAAUACUACACGCAGAAGUGGCAGCACGGAGGAGAGAAGCUGGCAGCGGCGGAUGCUCUCUUGGAACACGACUAUGAGGGUCAAGGCUCCUCCAGCGGCUCACUGGGCUGCUGCAGCCUCCUGGAGUCCAGCAACGAUUUGCAGUUCCUGGAUGACCUCGACCUGAAGUUCAAGACCCUGGCAGAGGUGUGCGCUGGCAAGAAAGUCCAACAGGUCGCUCCCCUGCCCAGCACCUCCCCGACAAAAGUUGUGAGCGAACGCCUGCCUGAGCCCCUCAAGCUGCCACCAGUAGACCACACGGUGCUGCGGGACAAGGAUCAAUCUAAUGUGCGGAAGAGCCAGGCGAUGUCCACAGAGGUGGAACGGGUGGGGAAUCAAGGCCAGGGGGUCCUGCUCCAGCAGCAGCAGCAGCAGCCUGUUUACUAUACUGCCACUUCCCCUGUGCUGCAACCCAUGCAGUAUGUAGUCCAGCCACAAGUCCACAACACCCUGCUGCUGGCUGAGACCCCAGCUGCCAACCUCCAGGGCAUGAUGCUAGCCACACCUGCACAAGGAGUGCUUGUGCAAGGGCGGACGAUGGUGUCUGGCGGGCUGACACAGAACCCUGGCAUGGUGCUGGUGGAGAACGCCGAGGUCCAGAACGCUGCACAAGGAGUGUUUGUGCAAGGGCGGACGAUGGUGUCUGGCGGGCUGACACAGAACCCUGGCAUGGUGCUGGUGGAGAACGCCGAGGUCCAGAACGCCGCACAAGGCAUGAUCGUGCAGGGGAAGACGAUGGUGUCUGGCGGGCUGACACAGAACCCUGGCAUGGUGCUGGUGGAGAACGCCAAGGUCCAGAACGCUGCACAAGGAGUGUUUGUGCAAGGGCGGACGAUGGUGUCUGGCGGGCUGACACAGAACCCUGGCAUGGUGCUGGUGGAGAACGCCAAGGUCCAGAACGCUGCACAAGGAGUGUUUGUGCAAGGGCGGACAAUGGUGUCCGGCGGGCUGACACAGAACCCUGGCAUGGUGCUGGUGGAGAACGCCAAGGUCCAGACCAUCGGAGGAAGAUCUGGCGUGCAGUCCAUGAUGGUCGUAGAAGGCAAUGUCCCUGCAGGGUCAAUCAAGGUGCCAAAGGGGAUCCAAACUUCCCUGCAGCCAGGAAGGAUUUCAGGAGCUGAGAGAAUCCUGGUGGCCAAAGGGUCAUCCAGGGGAAGUGGGCAGACCCCCCAAGAAGCAGGAGGUGUGUCCCUGAACAGGAAAACCUACGCAUUACCCAACAGCAAGGCCGGUGAGAUGGUUUCAUCCAACAAAACCUCAACAUACCGAAAGGUGGCGGUGCAGGAAAAGCUCAAAUAAUGGAUUUUACGAGACUUGAUCGGGUCCAUUUAAUGGAGGGAGGUUUUACGAGUUUAAAUACCAGCAGGCUCCGCCCCUCCGACAGCGGACAAUAGGAUACCGUGGCUACGGUUUCUCACUGGAUACGAAAACAAAUCAAAUAUUGGAACUAUCAAGACGCCCCAACUUGUGUUGAAGAACGUGGCCUGGUCUUAAAGGAAGUGUGCCUCGAGUGUAGGUUUUAGCAAAGUAGGUUUUAGGUGUUUGUUUCCACUCAAAGUCCAGACUGACUGAGUGAAGUUUUGGAGGCAGAUGAGAUGAAGUGAAUGCAAGAAGGCAGCACAAGAAGGUGAGGCUUUGGGUGUGUCUCUGCACUCUGUGUCUGAGCCUGUCUAGUCCAGCCUCGGCAGCCCAAUCCAGUCCGACCGGUUUUUUCACCUGGUUGCUGGGGGAAAGGUUGACACGCCUUCAUGACAACACAGCAGCAGUCGCUUGUUUUGCUACAACCGCUCCACUCUUCGCCUACAGCCAACAGUUGACUCAAAAGUGCUUACACUUGACUUAAAGUGCUAACAGUUAACUGCAAGUGCUAACAGUUGAUGUAAAGUCCUAACAGCUGACUUAAAAGUGCUAACACUUGCCUUAAAAGUGCAAACAAAUGACGUAAAGUUGACUUAAAAAUACCAACAGUUGACUUGAAGUGCUAACUGAUUACUUAAAAGUGCAAACAGUUGACCUUAAGUGCCAACAGUUGACCAAAAGUGCUAAAAGCUGACUUUAAAAGUGCUAAUGGUCGACUGAAAGUGCAAACAGUUGACUUGAAAGGGCUAUCCGUCGACUCAAAGUACUAAAAGUUGACUUAAAGUGCUAGCAGUUGACUUAAAAGUGCUAUAAGUUUAAUUCAAAGUACUAACAGUUGCCUUCCGAGUUGUUUUUAUUUGAAAACAAUGAAGUGAAUCAGGGUUAGGGUUCGGGUCCAACCGUCACCAUCUUAAAAUCUUUAUGCCUCUUUUUAAACAUCAUUUAAACAUCAUUUAAACAUAAUUUAAACAUCAUUUCUGCUAUCCAAAGGUCGGGAGAAGCAAACGUAUCAAAGUGAGUUGAUUGGUGGAGGCUGCAGAGGGAGAGGAAAGAAAUGGGAUUAUCAAUCAUGCAUUACGCUGGCACUUUAUGGUGGCACCUUAUGGUGACAACUUAUGGUGGCACCUUAUGGUGACAACUUAUGCUGGCACUUUAUGGCAACACCUUAUGGUGACAACUUAUGGUGGCACUUUAUGGCAACACCUUAUGGUGACAACUUAUGGUGGCACUUUAUGGCAACACCUUAUGGUGACAACUUAUGGUGGCACCUUAUGGUGACAACUUAUGCUGGCACUUUAUGGUGGCACCUUAUGGUGACAACUUAUGGUGGCACUUUAUGGCAACACCUUAUGGUGACAACUUAUGGUGGCACUUUAUGGCAACACCUUAUGGUGACAACUUAUGGUGGCACUUUAUGGCAACACCUUAUGGUGACAACUUAUGGUGGCACUUUAUGGCAACACCUUAUGGUGACAACUUAUGGUGGCACUUUAUGGCAACACCUUAUGGUGACAACUUAUGGUGGCACUUUAUGGCAACACCUUAUGGUGACAACUUAUGGUGGCACUUUAUGGCAACACCUUAUGGUGACAACUUAUGGUGGCACUUUAUGGCAACACCUUAUGGUGACAACUUAUGGUGGCACUUUAUGGCAACACCUUAUGGUGACAACUUAUGGUGGCACUUUAUGGCAACACCUUAUGGUGACAACUUAUGGUGGCACUUUAUGGCAACACCUUAUGGUGACAACUUAUGGUGGCACUUUAUGGCAACACCUUAUGGUGACAACUUAUGGUGGCACCUUAUGGCAACACCUUAUGGUGACAACUUAUGGUGGCACCUUAUGGCAACACCUUAUGGCGGCACUUUAUGGCAACACCUUAUGAUGGCACUUUAUGGCGGCACCUUAUGAUGGCACUUUAUGGCGGCACCUUAUGGUGGCACUUUAUGGCGGCACCUUAUGGCAACACCUUAUGGUGACAACUUAUGGUGGCACUUUAUGGCAACACCUUAUGGUGACAACUUAUGGUGGCACUAUGGCAACACCUUAUGGUGGCACUUUAUGGUGGCACCUUAUGGCAACACCUUAUGGUGGCACUUUAUGGCAACACCUUAUGGCAACACCUUAUGGUGGCACCUUAUGGCAACACCUUACGGUGGCACCUUAUGGUGGCACCUUAUGGCAACACCUUAUGGCAACACCUUAUGGCAACACCUUAUGGCAACACCUUAUUGCAACACCUUAUGGCAACACCUUAUUGCAACACCUUAUGGCAACACCUUAUGGCAACACCUUAUGACAACACCUUGUGGCAACACCUUAUGGCAACACCUUAUGGCGGAACCUUAUGGCGGCACCUAAUGGCGGCACCUUAUGGCAACACCUUAUGGCAACACCUUAUGGCAUCACCUUAUGGCAACACCUUAUGGCAACACCUUAUGGCAACACCUUAUGGCAUCACCUUAUGGCAACACCUUAUGGCAACACCUUAUGGCAACACCUUAUGGCAUCACCUUAUGGCAACACCUUAUGGCAACACCUUAUGGCAACACCUUAUGACAAGACCUUAUGGCAACACCUUAUGGCAACACCUUAUGGCAACACCUUAUGGCAACACCUUAUGGCAACACCUUACGGCAACACCUUACGGCAACACCUUAUGGCAACACCUUAUGACAAGACCUUAUGGCAACACCUUAUGACAAGACCUUAUGGCAACACCUUAUGGCAACACCUUAUGGCAACACCUUAUGGCAGAACCUUAUGACAAGACCUUAUGGCAACACCUUAUGGCAAGACCUUAUGGCGGAACUUUAUGACAAGACCUUAUGGCAACACCUUAUGGCGGCCCCUAAUGGUGGCACCUUAUGGCAAGACCUUAUGGCGGAACUUUAUGACAACACCUUAUGGCAACACCUUAUGGCAACACCUUAUGGCAACACCUUAUGGCAGAACCUUAUGACAACACCUUAUGGCAACACCUUAUGGCAAGACCUUAUGGCGGAACCUUAUGGCAACACCUUAUGGCAGAACCUUAUGGCAGAACCUUAUGACAAGACCUUAUGACAAGACCUUAUGGCAACACCUUAUGGCAACACCUUAUGGCAGAACCUUAUGACAAGACCUUAUGACAAGACCUUAUGGCAACACCUUAUGGCAACACCUUAUGGCAGAACCUUAUGACAAGACCUUAUGGCAACACCUUAUGGCAACACCUUAUGGCAACACCUUAUGACAAGACCUUAUGACAAGACCUUAUGGCAACACCUUAUGGCAACACCUUAUGGCAGAACCUUAUGACAAGACCUUAUGGCAACACCUUAUGGCAACACCUUAUGGCAACACCUUAUGGCGGAACUUUAUGACAAGACCUUAGGGCAACACCUUAUGGCGGCCCCUAAUGGUGGCACCUUAUGGCAACACCUUAUGGCGGAACUUUAUGACAAGACCUUAUGGCAACACCUUAUGGCGGCCCCUAAUGGUGGCACCUUAUGGCAAGACCUUAUGGCGGAACUUUAUGACAAGACCUUAUGGCAACACCUUAUGGCGGCCCCUAAUGGUGGCACCUUAUGGCAAGACCUUAUGGCGGAACUUUAUGACAAGACCUUAUGGCAACACCUUAUGGCGGCCCCUAAUGGUGGCACCUUAUGGUGUUUUCUGAGGCGCUCCUUGGUGGGUGAUUUUAGUGGCUAAUGAUUUUCUCCCUGUGACCGAAAAUAGCAAAAGAAUGUACGACUGGUGUCGACACCGUAUCGGUUGAGCACCUGUAUCGGCGGAGGCAUCAAUAUGGGUUUGGAAUGGUGAGUAAAUAGGACGUCCUCUACAGCCGUGCAGAAGUUGGCAGUCAGAGAUCCAAACAUAAGCAUGUGACUUAUGUGGGAGGUCAUAUUUCACCUGCCGUUGGUCUCUCACUAAAGCGCACAUGGACACACCUGUUGGUGCAUCAACGCCACACCUUGUCUCACCUCUCAGGCUCAACUGCAUAAUAACAAAGUCCGGCGUUCUUUAUGAUUGUUUAAAAUGUGACUUGACAGCUGGUGAAAAUUAUUAUUAUUAUUAUUGUAAAUAUCUUACAUAAAAAUACAUAAAUAUCUUACAUGAAAUAUAUAUAAAUAUGACGGUUUCAAAUGUGACUGGACAGGUGGUGAAUAUUAUUAUUAUUAUUGUAAAUAAAUAUAUAUAAAUAUGAUUGUUUCAAAUGUGACUGGACAGGUGGUGAAUAUUCUUAUUAUUACUGUAAAUAAAAGUAUGUAAACAUGCUCGUUUGAAAUGAGACUGGACAGGUGUUGAAUAUCAUUAUUAUUAUUAUUGUUAUUGUUAUUGUAAAUAAAAGUAUGUAAACAUGCUUGUUUGAAAUGAGACUGGACAGGUGUUGAAUAUCGUUAUUAUUAUUAUUGUUAUUGUAAAUAAAAGUAUGUAAACAUGCUUGUUUGAAAUGA